AUGGAGAUGGAUGAGGAGGAUUCUCUGUUGUUUUGUGAAAGCGAUGGGGCUUUUCAUUCGGCUUUUGAAGACGAUUUUGAGCAAACUCUUGCUAUGCUCGAUAUGGACAUAGAGGAAGUGAUGAAUGAGGUUGAAAAUUCUCAUGAAGAGGUCGAAGGAAAUAAGCAGUUCCCUUGCGAAUUUUGUGAGAAAGUUUGCAAGUCGAAGGGGGGUCGAACGAAGCAUCACCGAAGUAAACACAUGGACGAAUUGGGGGAAAGUUCAACUUCGUCUUCUACCAGAGAUAUCGUUAUUACGAUGGAUAAAACCAGGGAAAUCAUCCGCGAUAUUGGUCGCUACUUAACGGACGAGAAGCUUUACAAACCAAAGCAAGCUGCGGAAGUUUUUAAACUGGAACCAAGUGAGGCCUUUGUGAAAUUCUUAAACGACCUCCUUUUGAAGCUUAAAAGAAAGAAGAGCAAAAACAAUUUUCUUAAGGAGUUUUAUGGCAACACAAACGCUCAUUGGCAUGAAUAUUUUCAUCCUUAUCCGGACAAGAAAAUGGUGUUUUUAAUGCUCAUUCAUCUUCCAGAACGUUUGUUAAUAUGCAUUGAGCAAGACAAGCAGCCAUCUGACUCAGAGGCUGACAUGUAUACCAUACUGGUAGUUAAUCCAAUGGGUCUUGAUGUGGUCACAUUGCAGUAG